ACGUGAUGCAGAGGCUGCAAGAUGAGCAAGAGAUCGUACAAAAACGCACCUUCACAAAAUGGAUCAAUUCUCAUCUGGCCAAGCGGAAACCCCCAAUGGUGGUGGAGGAUCUUUUUGAAGACAUGAAAGAUGGUGUUAAGCUGCUUGCUCUGCUGGAGGUCCUGUCCGGGCAGAAACUGCCUUGUGAACAGGGACGCCGUAUGAAGCGAAUCCAUGCUGUGGCUAACAUCGGCACAGCCCUCAAGUUCCUUGAAGGAAGAAAGUCCAUGUACAGAGGAUCACCGAUUAAAUUAGUCAACAUUAACUCCACUGAUAUAGCUGAUGGCCGACCCUCAAUAGUUCUUGGAUUGAUGUGGACCAUUAUUCUAUAUUUUCAGAUUGAAGAGUUGACCAGCAACCUGCCACAGCUCCAGUCUUUGUCCGGCAGCGCCUCCUCUGUGGACAGCAUGGUCAGCUCCGAGACGGCCAGCCCCCCCAGUAAGCGGAAGGUGGCCACCAAGGUUCAAGGAAAUGCCAAGAAGGCUUUAUUAAAGUGGGUUCAGUACUCAGCAGGCAAGCAGGCUGGAAUAGAAGUGAAAGACUUUGGGCGGAGUUGGAGAAGUGGGGUAGCCUUUCAUUCAGUUAUCCAUGCGAUUCGACCUGAACUGGUGGACUUGGAGAGAGUGAAAAGCAGAUCUAACAGAGAAAAUCUGGAGACCGCUUUCACUAUUGCUGAAACGGAACUGGGGAUCCCAAGACUGCUGGAUCCUGAAGAUGUUGAUGUGGAUAAACCAGAUGAGAAGUCUAUUAUGACCUAUGUGGCCCAGUUUCUGAAACAUUAUCCUGACAUCCACAAUACAGGGACUGAUGGGCAAGACAAUGAUGAAAUACUUCCAGGUUUUUCAUCUUUUGCAUAUUCUAUUCAAAAUUUUAAGAGAGAAGACAGGCUAAUUUUGAAGGAAAUGAAUGUUUGGAUAGAACAAUUUGAAAGAGAUUUGACAAGGGCACAGAUGACAGAAUCAAAUUUGCAGGACAAAUAUCAGUCAUUUAAGCACUUCAGAGUUCAAUAUGAAAUAAAAAGGAAACAGAUUGAACAUUUAAUACAACCAUUACAUAGAGAUGGGAAAUUGUCACUCGACCAAGCAUUAGUAAAACAAUCCUGGGAUAGAGUGUCCUCCAGGCUCUUUGAUUGGCACAUACAGCUUGAUAAAUCUCUUCCUGCACCUCUGGGCACCAUAGGUGCCUGGCUGUACAGGGCAGAGGUGGCCCUGAGAGAGGAAAUAACCAUUCAGCAGGUCCAUGAGGAAACAGCAAAUAUGAUACAACGGAAACUUGAGCAACAUAAGGAUCUGCUUCAAAACACAGAUGCCCACAAAAGAGCAUUCCAUGAAAUCUACCGGACCAGGUCCGUUAAUGGGAUCCCAGUGCCACCUGAUCAAUUAGAGGACAUGGCCGAGAGGUUUCAUUUUGUUUCCUCCACAUCAGAGCUACACUUAAUGAAAAUGGAAUUUCUAGAAUUAAAGUACCGUCUGCUCUCACUGCUGGUUCUUGCAGAGUCAAAGCUGAAGUCUUGGAUCAUCAAGUAUGGGAGGAGAGAGUCUGUGGAGCUUCUUCUGCAAAACUACAUUUCUUUUAUAGAAAAUAGCAAGUUUUUUGAACAAUAUGAAGUGACAUACCAGAUCUUGAAACAGACAGCUGAGAUGUAUGUCAAAGCAGAUGGUUCAGUGGAAGAAGCUGAGAAUGUUAUGAAAUUCAUGAAUGAAACCACUGCUCAGUGGAGGAACCUCUCUGUAGAAGUUAGGAGCGUGAGGAGCAUGCUGGAAGAAGUGAUUUCUAACUGGGAUCGCUACAGCAAUACCGUGGCUAGUCUUCAAGCCUGGCUAGAGGACGCUGAAAAAAUGCUAAAUCAGUCAGAAAAUGCAAAAAAGGAUUUUUUUCGAAAUUUGCCUCAUUGGAUUCAGCAGCACACUGCCAUGAACGAUGCUGGCAAUUUUCUAAUUGAAACAUGUGACGAGGUGGUUUCCCGUGACCUUAAGCAACAAUUACUAUUGCUAAAUGGGCGAUGGAGAGAGUUGUUUAUGGAAGUCAAGCAAUACGCUCGAGCUGAUGAGAUGGACAGAAUGAAGAGGGAAUACACAGACUGUAUUACCACUCUGUCUGUUUUUGCAACUGAAGCCCACAGGAAACUUUCUGAACCCAUAGAAGUCUCCUUUAUUAAUGUCAAGUUAUUGAUUCAAGACUUGGAGGAUAUUGAGCAGAGAGUACCUGUGAUGGAUGCUCAGUACAAAAUGAUUACAAAGACAGCGCAUCUCAUUAGCAAAGAAAGCCCCCAAGAAGAAGCUAAUGAAAUGUUUGCAACCAUGUCUGGGCUCAAAGAGCAGCUAACCAAGGUCAAAGAACGUUACUCCCCACUCCUGUAUGAAUCUCAGCAGCUGUUGAUUCCGUUAGAGGAAUUAGAAAAGCAGAUGACGUCCUUUUAUGACUCACUUGGGAAAAUCAAUGAAAUUCUAACAGUUCUUGAGCACGAGGCACAAUCUAGUCCUCUUUUCCAACAAAAACAUCAGGAACUGUUAGCUUGUCAAGAAAGCUGUAAGAAAACCCUGACACUAAUUGAGAAAGGCAGUCAAAGUGUUCAAAAGUUUGUGACCUUGAGCAAUGUGUUAAAACAUUUUGACCAGACAAAGCUACAGAGGCAGAUUGCAGAUGUUCAUGUCGCUUUUCAGAAUAUGGUCAAGAAAACUGGAGAUUGGAAGAAGCACGUGGAAACCAAUAGUCGCUUGAUGAAGAAGUUUGAGGAGUCCCGAGCAGAGCUGGAGAAGGUGCUGCAGAUCGCUCAGGAGGGCCUGGAGGAAAAGGGGGAUCCCGAAGAACUCCUGAGGAGACACACGGAGUUCUUCAGUCAGCUGGAUCAGAGGGUGCUCAAUGCCUUCCUGAAAGCUUGUGAUGAGCUCACCGACAUCCUCCCCGAGCAGGAGCAGCAGGGUCUGCAGGAGGCUGUGAGAAAGCUCCAUAAGCAGUGGAAGGAUCUUCAAGGAGAAGCUCCUUAUCAUUUGCUUCAUCUGAAGAUCGAAGUGGAGAAGAAUAGAUUCUCAGCCGCUCUAGAAGAAUGCAGAGCUGAGCUGCAUCGAGAGACCAAGCUGGUGCCCCAGGAAGGCAGCGAAAAGAUUAUUAAGGAGCACAGGGUUUUCUUCAGUGACAAAGGUCCUCAUCAUCUCUGUGAGAAAAGGAUACAGCUCAUUGAGGAACUGUGUGGGAAACUUCCAGCCAGGGACCCAGUAAGGGACACACCUGGAACCUGUCACACGGCUCUCAGAGAGCUCAGAGCUGCCAUUGCCAGCACCUAUGUGGCGCUCAUGGAGGACCCGGACAAGUGGAAGGACUACGCCAGCAGAUUUUCUGAGUUCUCCUCUUGGAUAUCUGCAAAGGAGACCCAGUUGAAGGGGAUCAAGGGUGAGGCCAUCGAUACCACCAACCACGGAGAGGUUAAAUGUGCUGUUGACGAGAUCAGAAAUGGUGUCACCAAAAGAGGCGAGACUCUCAGCUGGCUGAAAUCCAGGCUGAAAAUUUUGGUUGAAGUUUCUUCUGAGAAGGAAGCCCAAAAGCAAGGCGAUGAGCUGGCACAGUUAUCUCACUCCUUCAAGGCUCUCGUGACUUUGUUGUCAGAGGUUGAAAAGAUGUUAAACAGCUUUGGGGACUGUGUCCAGUACAAAGAAAUAGUCAAAAGUUCCCUUGAAGAAUUAAUUUCUGGCUCUAAAGAAGUUCAGGAGCAAGCCGAGAAGAUCUUGGACACUGAAGACCUGUUUGAAGCACAGCAGUUACUUCUUCAUCACCAGCAAAAAACAAAGAUGAUCUCAGCAAAGAAGAGAGACGUGCAGCAGCAGAUCAUGCAGGCUCAGCAGGGAGGAGGUGGGCUGCCCGGCCGAGGCCGCGAGGAGCUGCAGAAGUUGGAGAGCACCUUGGACGGCCUGGAGCGUGGUAGGGAGAGGCAGGAACGCCGCAUCCAGGUUACAUUAAGAAAAUGGGAGCGAUUUGAAACAAACAAAGAGACAGUGGUCAGAUACCUUUUUCAAACAGGUUCAAGCCAUGAACGCUUUUUGAGCUUUAGCAGUUUGGAAAGUUUAUCUUCAGAACUGGAACAGACAAAGGAGUUUUCUAAACGGACAGAGAGUAUUGCAGCCCAGGCUGAGAACCUUGUAAAGGAAGCUUCAGAGAUACCACUUGGGCCCAAGAAUAAGCAGCUGCUUCAACAGCAGGCCAAGUCAAUCAAAGAGCAAGUCAAAAAAUUAGAAGACACGCUUGAAGAAGAUAUUAAAACCAUGGAAAUGGUGAAAAACAAGUGGGAUCAUUUUGGCAGUAAUUUUGAGACCCUGUCCAUCUGGAUAACUGAGAAGGAAAAAGAACUCAAAGCCUUGGAAACUUCGUCAUCUGCCAUGGACAUGCAAAUCAGCCAAAUCAAGGUCACAAUUCAGGAAAUAGAAAGUAAGACCAGCAGCAUUACAGAAUUAGAAGAAGCAGCUCAAUCUUUUGCUCAAUUUAUUACCACUGGAGAAUCUGCUCGAAUCAAAGCCAAGUUGACACAAAUAAGAAGAUACUGGGAAGAGCUCCGAGAGCAUGCACAGUGUCUGCAAGUAACAAUCUUGGGACAUUUAUCUCAGCAGCAAAAGUUUGAAGAGAAUCUUAAAAAGCUCCAACAAUCUGUGUCUGGAUUUGAAGAUAAACUUGCAGAUCCAAUUAAAAUAUGUCCUUCAGCUACAGAAACAUUCAAAGUUCUCCAAGAACAUAUGGAUCUCUGUCAGGGCCUGGAGUCCCUGAGUGGCUCAGUCACUGCCUUGGCAGCCAGUGCCCGGAAGGUCGUCAGCAGAGAACCCUGUGUUCAGGAGGCCUUGGCUCUACAGCAGCAAUACGAGAUGGCACUGAGUAGGGCCAAAGAGAGACAGACCGUGCUGGAGAAUCUGCUGGCGCACUGGCAGAGGCUAGAAAAAGAACUGUCAUCCUUUGUGACCUGGUUAGAGCGGUGUGAAGCUAUGGCUGGUGCCCCAGAAGGGGACAUCUCUGCAGACAGAGUCAAAGUGGAGGGUGAACUUCAGUUAACACAGGCUCUGCAAAGUGAAGUUGUAGCCCAGGCCUCAUUCUACAGCAGCCUUUUGCAAUCGAAAGAAUCACUGUUCUCAGUGGCUUCCAAAGAUGACAUGAGAAUGAUGAAACUACAUUUGCAGCAGCUGGAUGAGAGAUGGAGAGAUUUACCACAGAUAAUUAACAGAAGGAUUACUUUUCUUCGGUCUGUGGUCGCUGAACAUGAGCAAUUUGAUGAGCUGCUGCUUUCCUUUUCUGUCUGGAUUAAGCUGUUUCUCAGUGAAUUACAAACUACUUCUGAGAUAAGUGUAAUGGACCAUAGAGUAGCUCUUACUCGGCACAAGGACCACACAGCAGAAGUAGAGAGCAAAAGGGGGGAAUUGCAGCGUCUGCAGGAUCAUUUAGCAAAAUUGGGUUCUCUGGGCCGAGCCGAGGACGUCCACCUCCUCCAGGGCAAGGCAGAGGACUGCUUUCAGCUGUUUGAGGAGGCCGGCCAAGUUGUGGAGAGGCGGCAGGUGGCCCUGUCCCAGGUGACAGAAUUCCUACAGAGCCACGCCGCUCUGUCCGGGGUUCUCCACCAGCUGAGGCAAAUGGUGGAAGCGACCAACAGCAUGAACAAGAAACAGUCUGACUUGUUAGAAAAGGACCUAAAUGAUGCUAUUCAAGAUGUUAAAACAUUAGAAUCUACUGCCAUCGGUCUCGAUGGCAUUCUUGCCAAAGCCCAAUACCAUCUGAAAAGUGGAGGCUCUGAGCGAAGGACUUCCUGCAGAGCCAUGGCUGAUCAAUUAUGUUUAGAAUUAGAAAGGAUCCAGAACCUUCUGGGAACCAAGCAGAGUGAGGCAGAUGCCCUGGCAGUAUUGAAAAAAGCAUUCCAAGACCAGAAAGAGGAGUUGCUGAAAAGCAUUGAGGACAUUGAAGAGAGAACUGACAAAGAGCGACUAAAAGAACCUACUCGCCAAGCUCUUCAGCACAGGUUAAGAGUGUUUAAUCAGCUAGAAGAUGAACUGAAUUCUCAUGAGCACGAACUAUGUUGGUUAAAAGACAAAGCUAAGCAAAUUGCCCAGAAAGAUGUAACUUUUGCACCUGCAGUUGACAGGGAGAUAAAUCGCUUAGAAGUCACCUGGGAUGACACCAAAAAACUAAUUCAUGAAAACCAGGGUCAAUGCUGUGGACUUAUUGACUUAAUGAGAGAAUAUCAGAACUUGAAGUCAACUGUAUCUAAAGUCCUAGAAAAUGCCAGCAGUGUGAUUAUAACCAGAACUACUAUAAAAGAUCAGGAGGAUCUUAAAUGGGCUUUUUCCAAGCAUGAAACUGCCAAGAAUGAAAUGAAUUAUAAACAGAAAGAGUUGGAUAAUUUUACCAGUAAAGGAAAACAGUUGUUAUCUGAGCUGAAAAAAAUUCACAGUAGUGAUUUCAUCUUGGUGAAAACAGACAUGGAGAGCACUGUGGACAAAUGGCUGGAUGUAGCAGAGAGAAUUGAAGAAAACAUGGAUAGGCUGAGGGUAAGCCUGUCCAUCUGGGAUGAUGUACUUUCAAGUAAAGAUGAGAUCGACGGGUGGUCAAACAGCGCUGUUCCACAGCUCGCUGAAAACAUCAGCAGCCUGAAUAACAGCCUCAAAGCUGAAGAACUCCUCAAAGAAUUUGAGUCUGAAGUUAGAAACAAAGCAUUGAAAUUGGAAGAACUGCAUUCCAAAGUAAAUGAUCUUAAAGAAUUAACUAAAAAUCCAGAAACACCACCAGACCUUCAGUUUAUAGAAGCAGACUUAAGGCAGAAACUGGAGCAUGCCAAAGAAAUAACUGAAGAAGCAAAAGGAACCUUGAAAGAUUUCACUACUCGAAGUACACAAGUGGAGAAAUUUAUUAGUGACAGAACAACGUGGCUGACAAAAGUGGAAGAAUCCUUGAUGACCUGUGCCCAAAGUGAGACUUGUGAAGGGUUGAAAAAAGUAAAGGAAAUACAGAAAGAGCUUCCAAGUCAGCAAAGGAACAUCAGCUCUACCCAAGAGAGCCUCAAUAGCUUGUGCCGCAGGUACCACUCGGGCGAGCUGGAGCUCCUAGGCCGCGCGAUGACGGGGCUGAUCAAGAAACACGAAGCCGUGAGCCAGCUCUGCUCCAGAACCCAGGCCAGCCUGCAGGACUCACUGGAACAGCACUUCAAUGAUUCUAUGCAGGAAUUCCAAGAGUGGUUUUUGGGAGCUAAGGCAGCAGCAAAAGAAUCAUCAGACAGAACUGGUGACAGCAAAGUUCUGGAGGCAAAGCUGCAUGACCUUCAGAACAUUUUGGACUCAGUCAGUGAUGGGCAGAGCAAGCUUGACGCAGUGACUCAAGAAGGACAAACUUUGUAUGCACAUCUGUCUAAACAAAUUGUCAGUAGCAUUCAGGAACAAAUUACAAAGUCUAAUGAAGAGUUUCAGGCAUUUCUGAAACAGUGCCUUAAAGACAAACAGGCUCUUCAAGACUGUGCUUCAGAACUUGGGAGCUUUGAGGAUCAGCACAGAAAACUGAACUUAUGGAUCUGUGAAAUGGAAGAAAGGUUAAGUACAGAAAACUUGGGAGAGAGUAAACAGCAUAUUCCUGAGAAGAAAAAUGAAGUUCAUAAAGUUGAAAUGUUCCUGGGAGAACUACUGGCUGCAAGAGAGUCUCUUGAUAAGCUUUCUCAGAGAGGGCAACUUCUCAGUGAAGGUCACGGUGUUGGGAAAGAAGGACGCCUGUGCUCCCAGCUCCUUGCCAGCUACCAGAACUUAGUCAGAAUGACCAAAGAAAAACUCCGGAGCUGCCAGGUGGCCCUUCAGGAGCAUGAAGCCCUGGAGGAAGCGCUGCAGAGCAUGUGGUCAUGGGUGAAGGACGUUCAGGACAGACUGGCCUAUGCAGAGAGCACUAUUGGGAGCAAAGACACCCUGGAAAAACGGCUGUCACAAAUACAGGAGGUUCUCUUGAUGAAAGGUGAAGGAGAAGUUAAGUUGAAUAUGGCCAUUGGCAAAGGGGAACAGGCCUUGAAAAGUAGCAAUGCAGAAGGUCAGAAGGCGAUUCAGGCUCAGCUACAGACCCUUAAAGAUGUGUGGGCUGAAGUCAUGAGCUCCUCAACCCACGCUCAGAGCGCUUUAGAGUCUGUGAUUAGCCAAUGGAACGACUAUCUAGAGAGGAAAAACCAGUUGGAGCAGUGGAUGGAAUCAGUGGAUCAAACAGUAGAACAUCCCUUACAAGUGCAGCCAGGUCUGAAAGAGAAGUUUUCCCUGUUGGACCACUUUCAGUCCAUCGUGUCUGAGGCAGAAGAUCAUGCUGGAGCCCUUCACCUCCUAACUGCAAAGUCCAGGGAGCUCUAUGAGAAGACUGGGGACGAGUCUUUCAAGGACAUAGCUCAAGAGGAACUGAAGACACAGUUUAAUGAUAUAACAACUGUUGCCAAGGAGAAAAUGAGGAAAGCAGAAGAGAUUGUGAAAGACCAUCUAAUGUACUUAGAUGCAGUCCAGGAAUUCACAGAUUGGCUCCAUUCAGCAAAGGAAGAACUUCACCGGUGGUCAGAUAUGUCUGGAGAUUCAUCAGCCAUGCAGAAAAAGUUGUUGAAAAUUAAGGAGCUGAUAGAUUCCAGAGAGGUUGGUGCAAGCCGCCUGAGCAGAGUGGAGGCGCUGGCUCCUGCAGUGAAACAGAGCACGACGGCCAGCGGGUGUGAGCUCCUGCACACGGAGAUGCAGGCCCUGCGUUCUGACUGGAAGCAGUGGGAAGACAGUGCACUCCAAACGCAGCACAGCUUGGAGGACCUGGUGAGCCAAAUGGCCCUUUCGGAGCAGGAGUUCUCAGGCCAAGUGGCUCAACUGGAGCAGGCCCUGGAAGAAUUCAGCGCCCUUCUGAAAACUUGGGCUCAGCAGUUAACCCUCCUAGAAGGCAAGAACACGGAUAAGGAGAUAGUGGAAGGCUGGCAUAAAGGACGAGAGAUACUGGAUGCUCUACAGAAAGCAGAACCUAGGACUGAGGACCUCAAGUCUCAGCUGAAUGAACUUUGUCGAUUUUCGAGAGACCUGAGUAUAUACAGUGGAAAAGUUUCUGGCUUGAUUAAAGAAUAUAAUUGUCUCUCUUUGCAAGCAUCCAAGGGCUGCCAGAAUAAAGAGCAGAUUUUACAGCAAAGAUUUCAAAGAGCCUGCAGAGAUUUCCAGCAAUGGAUGGUUAAUGCAAAAAUCACUACUGCCAAAUGUUUUGAUAUACCUCAAAAUAUUAGUGAAGUUUCAGCAAGUCUUCAGAAAAUACAGGAGUUUUUGUCAGAAAGUGAAAAUGGACAGCACAAGCUAAACAUGAUGCUAUCUAAAGGAGAGCUUUUGAGUACUCUGUCGAACAAAGAGAAAGCUAACGGUAUCCAGGCCAAAGUUGCAACUGCAAAAGAAGAUUGGAAAAAUUUUCAUUCAAAUCUCCACCAAAAGGAAUCUGCCCUAGAGAAUCUAAAGAUCCAAAUGAAGGACUUUGAAGUGAGUGCUGAGCCUGUACAGGACUGGCUAAGUAAAACCGAGAAGAUGGUCCACGAGAGCAGCAAUCGCCUCUACGAUCUGCCAGCCAAGAGGAGAGAGCAGCAGAAGCUGCAGUCUGUCCUUGAGGAAAUACACUGCUACGAGCCUCAGCUCAACAGGCUGAAAGAGAAAGCUCAGCAGCUGUGGGAAGGACAAGCUGCCAGCAAGAGCUUUAUGCACAGAGUGUCGCAGCUGUCUUCUCAGUAUCUAGCGCUAAGCAAUUUAACAAAGGAGAAAGUGUCAAGAAUGGAUAGAAUUGUUGCAGAACACAAUCAGUUCUCUCUCGGGAUUAAAGAAUUGCAAGACUGGAUGACAGAUGCCAUUCACACACUGGAUUCUUACUGCCACCCGACAUCGGACAAAAGUGUGCUGGAUAGCAGGAUGCUCAAGCUUGAGGCUCUAUUAUCAGUGAAACAGGAAAAAGAGAUUCAGAUGAAAAUGAUAGUGACCAGGGGAGAAUCUGUCCUUCAGAAUACCUCUCCCGAAGGCAUUCCUGCUAUUCAGCAGCAACUGCAGAGUGUGAAGGAUAUGUGGGCAGCCCUGCUGUUUGCAGGGAUUCGAUGUAAAAGUCAACUCGAAGGAGCUCUUUCUAAGUGGACAAGUUAUCAGGAUGACGUUCGGCAGUUUUCCAGCUGGAUGGACAGCGUGGAAGCCGGCCUGCAUGAGUCUGAAAGGCAGUACGCGGAGCUGCGGGAGAAAACCACCGCCCUCGGCAAGGCCAAGUUAUUAAAUGAAGAAGUGCUGAGUUACAGCAGCUUGCUGGAGACCAUUGAAGUCAAAGGAGCUGGCAUGACGGAACACUAUGUCACCCAGUUGGAACUCCAGGAUCUACAGGAACGAUACAGAGCAAUCAAAGAGAGGGCCAAGGAAGCAGUAACCAAGUCUGAAAAACUCGUUCGCCUGCACCAAGAAUAUCAGAGAGACCUAAAGGCAUUUGAAGUUUGGCUGGAGCAAGAACAAGAAAAGCUUGACCGACAUUUAGUUCUUGAAGGUGAUGCCCACACACAUGAGACUACACUGCGAGAUCUUCAGGAGCUACAAGUGCACUGCGCAGAGGGGCAGGCACUAUUGAACUCAGUGCUGCACACCAGAGAGGACGUGAUCCCAUCAGGGGUCCCCCAGGCAGAGGACCGGGCUUUGGAGUCUCUCCGGCAGGACUGGCAGGCUUAUCAGCACAGACUGUCCGAGACCCGAACUCAGUUCAAUAAUGUAGUGAACAAAUUGAGGCUGAUGGAGCAAAAGUUUCAGCAAGUAGAUGAAUGGCUAAAAACAGUGGAGGGGAAAAAAUGGCAUGAAGAAAUCACUGCCUACAGAGAUGAGGUUGAGGACGUGGGAGCUAGAGCACAGGAGAUCUUGGAUGAGAGCCACGUGAGCAGCAGAAUGGCCUCCCAGGCCACCCAGCUGACCUCCAGAUACCAGGCCCUGCUUCUCCACGUGCUGGAACAAGUAAAAUUCCUGGAGGAAGAGAUCCAGAGUUUGGAGGAAUCAGAAUUCUCCCUCAGUUCCUAUUCUGACUGGUAUAGCUCUACUCAUAAAAACUUCAAGAAUGUGGCUACCAAAAUUGAUAAAGUAGAUAAAGUGAUGAUGGGGAAAAACCUGAAGACAUUGGAGGUUUUGCUAAAAGACAUGGAGAAAGGCCACAGUUUGUUGAAAUCGGCCCGGGAGAAAGGAGAGAGGGCUCUUAAAUAUUUGGAGGAAGAGGAAGCAGAGACGUUAAGAAAAGAGAUCCAUGAUCACGUGGAGCAGUUGAAGGAACUGACCAGCACUGUCCGAAGAGAGCACGUGACCCUGGAAAAAUGUCUUCAUUUAGCAAAGGAAUUCUCAGAUAAAUGUAAAGCAUUGACUCAGUGGAUAGCAGAAUACCAGGAAAUCCUACACAUGCCUGAAGAACCCAAAAUGGAAUUAUAUGAGAAAAAAGCUCAAUUAUCUAAAUACAAGUCACUUCAACAAAUGGUGCUGUCCCAUGAACCAUCAGUAAAAUCAGUAAGAGAGAAAGGUGAAGCUCUUCUGGAACUGGUGCAGGAUGUUGCUUUAAAGGACAAAAUAGAUAAACUUCAAAGUGAUUACCAGGACCUCUGCAGCGUAGGAAAGGCAAUGAUGGAAGAAAUUGCUGGUUUUGAAGACUGUUUGAACAACCUCAAAACUAAAGGGGACACUUUGGUCAGCCAGUGUGCAGACCACCUGCAAGCAAAACUCAAACAAAAUGUGCAUGCUCACCUGCAGGGCACAAAGGAUAGUUACUCAGCAAUUUGCAGUACAGCUCAGAGGGUGUACCGGAGUUUGGAACAUGAACUUCAGAAGCAUGUCAGCCGACAAGACACCCUGCAGCAGUGCCAGGCCUGGCUUUCUGCAGUCCAAGCUGAUUUAAAGCCAAGCCCUCACCCGCCUCUUAGCAGGGCCGAAGCUGUUAAGCAGGUCAAACACUUCAGAGCUUUGCAAGAGCAGGCAAGGACCUACUUAGAUCUCCUUUGCUCCAUGUGUGACUUGUCAAACUCUUCAGUGAAAACCACAGCAAAAGACAUUCAACAAACAGAGCAAAUGAUUGAGCAAAAGCUUGCCCAGGCACAGAACUUAACUCAGGGCUGGGAAGAAAUCAAGCACCUGAAAGCUGAGCUUUGGAUUUAUCUUCAGGAUGCCGAUCAGCAACUGCAGAAUAUGAAGAGGAGACACUCUGAAUUGGAGCUAAAUAUUGCACAGAAUAUGGUUUCCCAAGUAAAGGAUUUUGCUGAGCAACUACAGUGCAAAGAGGCAUCGGUGAGCACUAUCACAGAAAAGGUGGAUAAGCUAACAAAGAAGCAGAAGUCUCCCGAACACAAGGAAAUAAGUCAUUUGAACGAUCAGUGGCUAGAUCUGUGCCUUCAGUCUAACAACCUGUGCUUGCAAAGGGAAGAGGAUCUUCAGAGAACAAGAGAUUACCAUGACUGUAUGAAUGUUGUUGAAGCAUUCUUAGAAAAAUUUACUACAGAAUGGGAUAACUUGGCCAGAUCUGAUGCAGAGAGUACAGCCGUCCACCUGGAAGCUUUGAAAAAGUUAGCGUUGGCAUUGCAGGAGAGAAAGUAUGCUAUUGAAGAUCUGAAAGAUCAAAAGCAGAAAAUGAUGGAGCAUCUGAAUUUAGAUGACAAAGAAUUAGUCAAAGAACAGACAAGUCACUUUGAACAGCGUUGGUUUCAGCUUGAGGACCUUGUCAAAAGGAAAAUCCAAGUAUCGGUCACCAACCUGGAGGAGUUAAAUGUGCUGCAGUCCAGAUUUCAGGAGCUAAUGGAGUGGGCUGAGGAGCAACAGCCCAACAUUGCUGAAGCCCUUAAGCAGAGCCCCCCUCCUGAUAUGGCCCAGGACCUCCUCAUGGGUCACCUGGCCAUUUGCAGUGAACUGGAGGCCAAACAGAUGCUUCUGAAAUCACUCAUAAAGGAUGCAGAUAGGGUGAUGGCCGAUCUCGGCCUGAAUGAGCGGCAAGUGAUCCAGAAGGCACUCGCAGAUGCACAAAAACACGUGAGUUGUCUUGGCGACUUAGUGGGACAGCGAAGAAAGUACUUAAACAAGGCUUUGUCCGAGAAAACCCAGUUCCUCAUGGCAGUGUUCCAGGCAACCAGCCAAAUCCAGCAACACGAGCGAAAGAUAAUGUUCCGUGAGCAUAUCUGCCUGUUACCAGACGAUGUCAGCAAACAAGUUAAAACCUGUAAGAGUGCACAAGCCAGCCUCAAGACUUACCAAAAUGAUGUCACUGGACUUUGGGCCCAGGGUCGUGAAUUAAUGAAAGGAGUCACAGAGCAGGAAAAGAGUGAGGUGUUGAGUAAGCUUCAGGAAUUGCAGAGUGUCUAUGACACUGUUUUACAAAAGUGUAGUCAUCGGUUACAAGAACUAGAGAAAAAUUUAGUGUCUAGGAAGCAUUUUAAGGAAGAUUUUGAUAAAGCUUGUCACUGGCUAAAACAAGCAGAUAUUGUUACAUUUCCGGAAAUCAACUUAAUGACUGAGAGCACUGAGCUUCAUACACAAUUGGCCAAAUACCAGCACAUUCUUGAGCAAUCUCCAGAAUAUGAAAAUCUUCUACUUACACUGCAGAGAACUGGACAGGCCAUACUACCAUCGCUGAAUGAGGCUGAUCAUUCCUACCUCAGUGAAAAGCUAAAUGCUUUGCCCCAACAAUUUAAUGUAAUUGUUGCCCUGGCUAAAGACAAGUUCUAUAAAGUCCAAGAAGCAAUUCUUGCUCGAAAAGAAUAUGCUUCCUUGAUCGAGUUGACAACCCAGUCUCUAAGUGAACUCGAAGACCAGUUCUUGAAGAUGAACAGAGUCCCCAGUGACCUGAUUGUCGAAGAGGCCCUGUCUCUUCGGGAUGGUUGCAGAGCUCUUCUGGGUGAGGUGGCAGGCCUCGGGGAAGCGGUAGACGAACUGAACCAGAAAAAAGAAAGUUUUCGCAGCACUGGUCAGCCGUGGCAGCCAGACAAGAUGCUACACCUUGUCACCUGGUAUCACAGGCUAAAGCGACAAACAGAACAAAGGGGUAGCUUAUUAGAAGACACAGUGAGUGCUUACCAAGAGCAUGAACAGCUGUGCAAACAGCUGGAGAGACAACUCCAGGCUGUGAAAACAGAGCAGUUCAAAGUAGACGAGGAAACACUGCCUGCAGAGGAGAAGCUCAAAAUGUAUCACUCCCUGGCAGGAAGUCUCCAGGACUCAGGAACUCUGCUAAAGCAAGUGACCAUGCAUCUCGAAGAUCUUGCUGCACACCUUGAUCCCUCGGUUUACGAGAAAGCCAAGCAUCAGAUCCAGUCCUGGCAUGAAGAAUUAAAACUGUUGACUUCCGCCAUCGGUGAGAUGGUGACCGAGUGCGAGAGCCGAAUGGUGCAGAGUAGAGACUUCCAGACCGAGAUGAGCCGCUCCUUGGACUGGCUGAGGAGGGUGAAGGCAGAACUGAGUGGGCCCGUGUGCCUGGACCUCAACCUGCAGGACAUCCAAGAGGAAAUCAGGAAGAUCCAGAUCCAUCAGGAAGAGGUCCAGUCCAGCUUGAGAAUCAUGAGCGCCCUGAGUGACAAGGAGAAGGAGAAAUUCACAAAAGCCAAGGAACUGAUUUCUGCUGACUUGGCACAUACCCUGGCUGAGCUCUCAGAGCUGGAUGGAGACAUUCAGGAAGCCUUACGUGCCAGACAGGCUACUUUGACUGAAGUAUAUAGUCAGUGUCAAAGGUAUUAUCAAGUAUUUCAAGCAGCUAAUGACUGGCUUGAGGAUGCCCAAGAAAUGUUACAGCUGGCAGGCAAUGGCCUAGAUGUGGAGAGUGCAGAGGAAAAUCUCAAAAGCCACUUGGAAUUUUUCAGUACAGAGGAUCAGUUCCGCAGGAAUCUGGAAGAGCUCCAAGGCCUGGUAGCCAACCUGGACCCACUCCUCAAGCCAACUGGCAAAGAAGACGUAGCACAGAAAAUGGCUUCUCUAGAAGAGAGAAGCCAGAAAAUAAUCCGGGACUCUCAUGCCCAGCUAGAUCUUUUGCAGAGAUGUACAGCUCAAUGGCAAGAUUACCAGAAAGCAAGAGAAGAGGUUAUUGAAUUGAUGAAUGAUGCAGAAAAGAAAUUGUCUGAGUUUUCUUUGUUGAAAACUUCUUCCAAUCAUGAAGCAGAAGAAAAACUGUCAGAACAUAAGGCUUUAGUGUCAGAAGUUAACUCUUUCCAUGAGAAAAUUGUGGCCCUGGAGGAGAAAGCUUCACAACUGGAGAAAAGUGGAAAUGACACAAGCAAGGCAACACUGAGCAGGUCCAUGACUACGGUGUGGCAGCGCUGGACGCGCCUCCGUGCCGUGGCCCAGGACCAGGAGAAGAUACUGGAAGAUGCAGUGAAUGAGUGGAGGGGCUUUCACAAUAAGGUUAAAAAAGCCACUGAAAUGAUUGAUCAACUGCAAAAUAACCUAACUGGAAGUUCAGCAGAGAAAGCCUCAAAAGCAGAACUCUUAACUCUUCUUGAAUAUCAUGACACAUUCGUUCUGGAGCUGGAACAGCAGCAGCUGGCAUUAGGCAUGCUACGGCAACAAGCACUGAGCAUGCUCCAAGAUGGGGCUGUCCCAUCUGCUGGAGAAGAGCCGCCCAUCAUGCAGGAAAUCACAGCCAUGCAGGACCGGUGCCUGAACAUGCAGGAGAAAGUAAAGAACAAUGGAAAGUUGGUAAAGCAAGAACUGAAGGAGAGAGAAGUGGUGGAGACUCAAAUCAAUUCUGUGAAAUCUUGGGUUCAGGAAACAAAGGAAUAUUUAGGGAAUCCAACAAUAGAAAUAGAUGCUCAACUUGAAGAACUUCAGAUUCUCCUAACAGAAGCUACAAAUCACCGACAGAACAUUGAGAAGAUGGCUGAAGAACAGAAGAAUAAGUACCUGGGGCUUUGUACUAUAUUACCUUCUGAACUCUCCCUUCAGUUAGCUGAAGUAGCGUUGGAACUAAAGAUCCGUGAUCAGAUCCAAGACAAAGUAAAAGAAGUUGAACAGAGCAAGGCCAUGAGCCAGGAAUUCAGCCGGCAAAUCCAGAAGAUAGCCAAAGAUCUCACAACUAUUUUAACAAAGCUGAAAGCAAAAACAGAUGAUUUAGUUCAAGCCAAAACUGACCAAAAGGUGCUGGGAGAGGAACUGGAUGGUUGUAAUUCAAAGUUAAUGGAAUUAGAUGCAGCAGUACAGAAGUUCUCGGAACAGAAUGGCCAACUGGGUAAGCCACUGGCCAAGAAGAUAGGAAAACUGACUGAACUUCACCAGCAGACUAUUAGACAGGCUGAGGAUCGCCUCUCCAAGCUCAGUCAGGCAGCAUCACAUUUAGAAGAAUACAAUGAAAUGCUUGAAUUAAUUCUGAAGUGGACUGAGAAAGCUAAAAUCUUGGUGCAUGCAAAUAUUGCGUGGAAUUCUGCAAGCCAACUUCGGGAGCAAUACAUUUCACAUCAGACCCUGCUAGAAGAAUCUGAAGAAAUUCACAGUGAUCUGGAGGCAAUGACCGAGAAAAUUCAGUCCCUCACUAGUGUGUACUGUACAGAGAGAAUGUCUCAGCAAGUGGCCGAACUGGGACGGGAGACGGAGGAGUUGCGGCAGAUGAUCAAAAUUCGUUUGCAGAACCUCCAAGAUGCAGCGAAGGAUAUGAAAAAAUUUGAAGCCGAGCUAAAAAACUUACAAGCUGCUUUGGAGCAAGCCCAGACAACCCUGACCUCUCCAGAAGUCGGACGCCUUACUCUCAAGGAGCAACUCUCUCAUCGACAGCAUUUGUUGUCUGAGAUGGAGUCAUUAAAGCCGAAAGUCCAAGCUGUGCAGCUCUGCCAGAGCGCCCUCCGCAUCCCCGAGGACGUGGUCACCAGCUUGCCGCUGUGCCACGCAGCUCUGCGCCUGCAGGAGGAGGCCAGCCGCUUGCAGCACACAGCUAUCCAGCAGUACAACAUCAUGCAGGAGGCCGUGGUGCAGUAUGAACAGUAUGAGCAAGAAAUGAAGCACCUCCAGCAGCUGAUAGAAGGUGCUCACACCGAGAUUGAGGAUAAACCCGUGGCCACCAGUAAUAUCCAGGAGCUACAAGCCCAGAUUUCUCAGCAUGAGGAGCUGGCUCAGAAAAUCAAGGGCUACCAGGAGCAGAUCGCCUCUUUGAACUCCAAGUGCAAGAUGCUGACGAUGAAAGCCAAGCACGCCACCAUGCUGCUGACGGUGACCGAGGUCGAGGGGCUGGCGGAAGGGACCGAGGACCUGGAUGGGGAGCUCCUCCCCGCGCCUUCGGCCCACCCCUCCGUGGUCAUGAUGACUGCAGGUCGCUGUCACACUUUGCUGUCACCUGUCACUGAGGAGUCUGGGGAGGAGGGAACCAACAGUGAGAUUUCCUCUCCACCUGCCUGUCGCUCCCCUUCACCUGUGGCUAAUACAGAUGCUUCUGUUAACCAGGACAUUGCAUAUUACCAAGCCUUGUCUGCUGAGAGGUUGCAGUCAGAUGCAGCAAAGGUCCACCCCAGCAUGUCAACAGUUCAGGAGUUCUAUGAACCAGGACUGGAACCAUCUGCUACUGCCAAACUGGGUGAUUUGCAGCGUUCUUGGGAAACCUUAAAGAACGUGAUCAGUGAAAAGCAACGCACACUCUAUGAAGCUUUGGAACGCCAGCAAAAGUACCAGGACUCCCUUCAGUCCAUCUCUACAAAAAUGGAGGCCAUCGAGAUGAAACUCAAUGAGAGUCUUGAGUCCAACAGGAGCCCGGAAAGCCAGAUGGCUGAACACCAGGCUCUGAUGGAUGAGAUUCUCAUGCUCCAGGAAGAAAUCAGUGAGCUGCAGUCAUCCCUGGCAGAGGAGCUGGUGGCCGAGUCGCGGGAGUCCGACCCCGCGGAGCAGCUGGCUCUGCAGUCCACCCUCACUGUCUUGGCCGAGCGAAUGUCCACCAUCAGGAUGAAAGCGUCAGGGAAACGGCAACUUUUGGAGGAGAAGUUAAAUGAUCAGCUGGAGGAACAGAGACAGGAACAGGCCCUGCAGAGGUAUCGCUGUGAAGCCGAUGAGCUGGACCACUGGCUCUUGAGUACCAAGGCCACUCUGGACGUUGCACUGGGUACACCCAAGGAGCCCAUGGACAUGGAGGCCCAGCUGGUGGACUGCCAGAACAUGCUUGUGGAAAUAGAGCAGAAGGUGGUGGCCUUAUCGGAGCUCUCGGUCCACAAUGAAAACCUGCUGCUGGAGGGCAAGGCCCAGACGAAAGAUGAGGCUGAGCAGCUGGCAGUGAAGCUGAGGACACUCAAGGGGAGCCUCCUGGAGCUGCAGAGAGCCCUGCAUGACAAGCAGCUCAACAUCCAGGGAACGGCACAAGAGAAGGAGGAGAGAGAUGUUGACCUAACGGCCUCUCAGAGCCCUGGCGUCCAGGAAUGGCUGGCCCAAGCUCGCUCCACGCGGACCCACCACCGGCAGAGCAGUCUCCAGCAACAAAAAGAGUUAGAACAGGAAUUGGCUGAGCAGAAGAGCCUACUGCGCUCAGUAGCCAGUCGUGGAGAGGAGAUUCUCACCCAGCACUCAGCUGCAGAGACCUCUGGAGGCACUGGCGAAAAACCUGAUGUGUUAUCCCAGGAGUUGGGAAUGGAAGGGGAGAAAUCAUCUGCUGAAGACCAGAUGAGAAUGAAAUGGGAAAGCCUACAUCAAGAAUUUAGUACCAAGCAGAAACUGUUGCAGAAUGUUCUGGAACAGGAACAAGAGCAAGUGCUUUACGGCAGGCCAAAUCGACUCCUAUCGGGUGUGCCACUGUACAAAGGGGACGGGCAGAUCCAAGAUAAAUCUGCAGUUACAUCUUUGCUGGAUGGAUUGAACCAGGCCUUCGAGGAGGUUUCAUCCCAGGGUAAAGGGACAAAGAAGCAAAAUAUGCACUUGGAACAGAAGUUAUAUGAUGGGGUCUCUGCUACCUCUACCUGGUUGGAUGAUGUUGAAGAACGUUUAUUUGUAGCCACAGCACUUUUACCAGAAGAAACAGAAACUUGUCUCUUCAACCAAGAGACUCUUGCCAAAGACAUUAAGGAAAUGUCUGAAGAAAUGGAUAAGAAAAAGAACUUGUUUUCCCAAGCCUUUCCAGAGAACGGUGAUAAUCGAGAUGUUAUCGAAGAUACUUUGGGUUGUCUUUUGGGCAGGUUAUCCUUGCUAGAUUCAGUAGUAAAUCAACGAUGUCAUCAGAUGAAGGAAAGACUUCAGCACAUACUAAAUUUCCAGAAUGAUCUGAAGGUGCUGUUUACAUUGCUGGCUGACAACAAAUACAUCAUUCUGCAAAAACUGGCAAAUGUGUUUGAACAACCUGUAGCAGAACAAAUAGAGGCAAUACAACAGGCUGAAGAUGGACUAAAGGAAUUAGAUGCAGGAAUCAUUGAAUUAAAAAGGCGUGGUGACAAGUUGCAGAUUGAGCAGCCUUCCAUGCAGGAACUCUCCAAACUUCAGGACAUGUACGAUGAACUGAUGAUGACCCUUGGCUCCCGGCGGAGUGGUCUGAACCAGAACCUUACACUCAAGAGUCAGUAUGAAAGGGCCCUGCAAGAUCUGGCUGACCUGCUAGAAACUGGUCAGGAGAAGAUGGCAGGAGACCAGAAAAUCAUUGUGUCUUCCAAAGAGGAAAUUCAACAACGACUUGACAAACAUAAGGAAUACUUUCAGGGCCUGGAAUCUCAUAUGAUCUUGACCGAAACACUCUUCAGGAAGAUAAUCAGCUUUGCAGUCCCAAAGGAAACCCAAUUCCACACAGAACUGAUGACUCAGGCUUCUGCUGUACUGAAACGAGCUCACAAGCGGGGCGUGGAACUGGAGUACAUUCUAGAGACAUGGUCCCAUCUGGAUGAGGACCACCAGGAGCUCAGCAGACAACUGGAAGUGGUGGCAAGCAGCCUCCCAAGUGUGGGUCUGGUGGAGGAAAGUGAGGACAGGCUCAUUGACCGGAUAACCCUCUACCAGCGUUUAAAAUCCAGCCUUAAUGAAUACCAGCCCAAAUUAUAUCAGCUAUUAGAUGAUGGGAAACGACUUCUGAUAUCUAUUAGCUGCUCAGAUCUAGAAAGCCAAUUAAAUCAACUUGGAGAGCAUUGGCUGAAUAAUACCAACAAAGUGUCUAAGGAACUUCACAGGUUGGAAACGAUAUUGAAACACUGGACCAGAUAUAAAAGUGAAUCUGCAGAUCUAAUUCACUGGUUACAAUCUGCAAAAGACAGGCUAGAAUUUUGGACUCAGCAAUCUGUCACAGUCCCACAAGAACUAGAAAUGGUCCGUGAUCAUCUAAAUGCUUUCCUAGAGUUUUCUAAGGAAGUGGAUGCCAAAUCUUCCCUGAAAUCAUCUGUUCUGAGCACUGGAAAUCAGCUUCUGCGAUUAAAGAAAGUGGACACGGCCGCCCUGCGUUCUGAGCUGUCUUACAUUGAUAGCCAGUGGACUGACCUGCUGACAAAUAUUCCAGCUGUACAGGAAAAGCUCCACCAGCUUCAAAUGGAUAAGCUGCCUUCACGCAAUGCCAUUUCUGAAGUCAUGAGUUGGAUUUCUCUAAUGGAAAAUGUUAUACAAAAGGAUGAAGAGGAUAUAAAAAAUUCCAUAGGUUAUAAGGCAAUUCAUGAAUACCUUCAGAAAUAUAAGGGUUUUAAGAUAGAUAUUAACUGCAAACAGUUGACAGUCGAUUUUGUGAACCAGUCUGUGCUACAAAUCAGCAGUCAGGAUGUAGAAAGUAAACGUAGCGAUAAGACUGAUUUUGCUGAGCAACUUGGAGCAAUGAAUAAAAGCUGGCAAAUCCUGCAAGGUCUAGUAACUGAGAAGAUCCAGUUGUUGGAAGGCUUAUUGGAAUCUUGGUCAGAAUAUGAAAAUAAUGUACAAUGUCUGAAAACUUGGUUUGAAACCCAGGAAAAGAGGCUAAAACAACAACAUCGAAUUGGAGAUCAGGCUUCUGUUCAGAACGCACUGAAAGACUGUCAGGAUCUGGAAGAUUUGAUUAAAGCAAAAGAAAAAGAAGUAGAGAAAAUCGAGCAGACUGGACUUGCUUUGAUUCAGAACAAGAAAGAAGAAGCCUCUAGCAUUGUGGUGAACACGCUGCAGGAGCUCAACCAAACCUGGGCAAACUUAGACCACAUGGUUGAGCAGUUAAAGAUACUGUUGAAGUCAGUUCUUGAGCAAUGGAGCAACCACAAAGUGGCCUUUGACCAGAUCAACACUGACCUCAUGGAAGCCAGGUAUUCCCUGUCCCGAUUCCGUCUGCUGACUGGCUCCUUAGAAGCUGUUCAAGUUCAGGUAGACAAUCUUCAGAAUCUCCAAGAUGAUCUAGAAAAACAGGAAAGGAGCUUACAGAAAUUUGGCUCUGUCACCAACCAACUGUUAAAAGAGUGUCACCCACCUGUGACAGAAACUCUUACCAAUACACUGAAAGAAGUCAAUAUGAGAUGGAAUGACUUGCUGGAAGAGAUUGCUGAGCAGCUGCACUCUAGCAAGGCCCUCCUUCAGCUCUGGCAGAGAUACAAGGACUACUCCAGACAGUGCGCUUCCACAGUCCAGCAGCAAGAGGAUCGAACCAAUGAGCUGCUGAAGGCAGCCACGAGCAAGGACAUUGCUGACGACGAAGUUGCCACAUGGAUUCAAGAUUGCAACGAUCUGCUCAAAGGACUGGGGACAGUUAAGGAUUCUCUUUUUGUUCUCCAUGAGCUGGGAGAGCAACUCAAGCAACAAGUGGAUGCUUCGGCAGCACCGGCCAUUCAGUCCGAUCAACUCUCUUUGAGUCAACACUUGUGUGCCCUGGAGCAGGCUCUUUGCAAACAGCAGACUAUGUUACAGGCUGGAGUUCUUGACUAUGAAACCUUUGCCAAGACUUUGGAAGCUCUGGAGGCCUGGAUAGUGGAAGCUGAUGAAAUCCUCCAAGGGCAGGAUCCUAGUCACUCGUCUGACCUCUACACCAUCCAGGAAAGGAUGGAAGAGCUUAAGGGGCAGAUGUUAAAAUUCAGUAGCAUGGCUCCAGAUUUAGACCGUCUAAAUGAGCUUGGAUAUAGAUUACCCCUGAAUGAUAAAGAAAUCAAAAGGAUGCAGAAUCUGAACCGUCACUGGUCUUUGAUCUCCUCUCAGACUACGGAAAGAUUCAGUAAGUUGCAGUCGUUUUUGCUACAACAUCAGACAUUCCUGGAAAAAUGUGAAACAUGGAUGGAAUUCCUGGUUCAAACGGAACAAAAGUUAGCAGUAGAGAUUUCAGGCAAUUAUCAGCAUCUUUUGGAACAGCAGAGAGCACAUGAGUUGUUUCAAGCAGAGAUGUUCAGUCGUCAGCAGAUUUUGCACUCGAUUAUUACUGAUGGGCAACGUCUUCUUGAACAAGGUCAAGUUGAUGACAGGGAUGAGUUCAACCUGAAAUUGACACUCCUCAGUAAUCAGUGGCAGGGAGUGAUUCGCAGGGCCCAGCAGAGGCGGGGGAUCAUCGACAGCCAGAUCCGCCAGUGGCAACGCUAUAGGGAGAUGGCAGAAAAACUUCGUAAAUGGUUGGUUGAAGUGUCCUAUCUACCUCUGAGUGGUCUCGGAAGUGUACCUAUACCACUGCAGCAAGCAAGGACCCUCUAUGAUGAAGUGCAGUUCAAAGAAAAAGUGUUCCUGCGACAACAAGGCAGCUACAUCCUGACAGUGGAGGCUGGCAAGCAGCUCCUGCUCUCAGCAGACAGUGGAGCUGAGGCUGCCUUGCAGACUGAACUCACUGAAAUCCAAGAAAAAUGGAAAUCAGCCAGCAUGAGUCUGGAAGAACAGAAGAAAAAACUGGCCUUCUUGUUGAAAGACUGGGAAAAAUGUGAGAAAGGAAUAGCUGAUUCUCUGGAGAAACUACGAACUUUCAAAAAGAAGCUUUCCCAGCCUCUACCAGAUCACCAUGAAGAGCUCCAUGCAGAACAAAUGCGUUGCAAGGAAUUAGAAAAUGCAGCUGGGAGCUGGACAGAUGACUUGACACAGUUGACACUACUGAAGGACACCCUCUCUGCCUAUAUCAGCACUGAUGACAUCUCCAUCCUUAAUGAACGCAUAGAGCUCCUGCAAAGGCAGUGGGAAGAACUGUGCCACCAGCUCUCCUUAAGGCGGCAGCAGGUAAACGAAAGAUUGAACGAAUGGGCCGUCUUCAGUGAAAAGAACAAGGAGCUUUGUGAAUGGUUGACUCAAAUGGAAAGCAAAGUUUCUCAGAAUGGAGACAUUCUCAUUGAAGACAUGAUAGAGAAGCUUAAGAAGGAUUAUCAAGAGGAAAUUGCUGCUGCCCAAGAAAACAAAAUACAGCUCCAACAAAUGGGAGAACGACUCGCUAAAGCCAGCCAUGAAAGCAAAGCGUCCGAGAUUGAAUACAAGCUCGGAAAGGUCAACGACCGGUGGCACCAUCUCCUGGAUCUCAUUGCAGCCAGGGUAAAGAAGCUGAAGGAGACUCUGGUGGCUGUGCAGCAGCUUGACAAGAACAUGGGCAGCCUGCGGACUUGGCUUGCUCACAUUGAGUCAGAGCUGGCCAAGCCAAUAGUCUAUGAUUCCUGUAACUCAGAAGAAAUACAGAGAAAGCUUAAUGAGCAGCAGGAGCUUCAGAGAGACAUAGAGAAGCACAGUACAGGCGUCGCCUCUGUCCUCAACCUGUGUGAAGUCCUGCUGCACGACUGUGACGCUUGUGCCACCGACGCCGAGUGUGACUCCAUCCAGCAGGCUACGAGAAACCUGGACCGGCGGUGGAGAAAUAUCUGUGCUAUGUCCAUGGAAAGGAGGCUCAAAAUCGAAGAGACGUGGCGAUUGUGGCAGAAGUUUCUGGAUGACUAUUCUCGUUUUGAAGAUUGGCUGAAGAUUUCAGAAAGGACAGCUGCUUUCCCCAGCUCUUCCGGGGUGCUCUAUACGGUUGCCAAGGAAGAACUAAAGAAAUUUGAGGCUUUCCAGCGACAAGUUCACGAGAGCCUGACCCAGCUGGAACUGAUCAAUAAGCAGUACCGCCGCCUGGCCAGGGAGAAUCGCACGGAUUCCGCGUGCAGCCUGAAACAGAUGGUUCACGAAGGCAACCAGAGAUGGGACAACCUGCAAAAGCGCGUCACCUCCAUCUUGCGCAGGCUCAAGCAUUUUAUUGGCCAGCGUGAGGAGUUUGAGACUGCACGGGACAGCAUCCUAGUCUGGCUAACGGAGAUGGAUCUGCAGCUCACUAAUAUUGAACAUUUUUCUGAGUGUGACGUUCAAGCUAAGAUAAAGCAACUUAAGGCCUUCCAGCAGGAAAUUUCAUUGAACCACAAUAAGAUUGAGCAGAUAAUUGCUCAAGGAGAGCAGCUGAUCGAAAAGAACGAGCCUUUGGAUGCGGCAGUCAUCGAGGAAGAGCUGGAUGAGCUCCGACGUUACUGCCAGGAGGUCUUCGGGCGAGUGGAAAGAUACCAUAAAAAACUGAUCCGCCUGCCUCUGCCUGACGAGGAGCCCGACCUCUCUGACAAGGAGCUGGAGCAAGGUGACUCGACGGCCCUCUCGGACCUGCGCUGGCAUGACCCGUCCGCAGACAGCGUCCUGUCCCCCCAGCCAUCCUCCAACCCCUCCCUCUCACUGGCCCAGCGGUCUGGACGAGACACCCCAGCCAGCGUGGAUUCCAUCCCCCUGGAGUGGGAUCAUGACUAUGACCUCAGCCGUGACCUGGAGUCUGCAGUGUCCAGAACUCUGCCUUCUGAGGACGAAGAGGGUCAGGAAGACAAAGAUUUCUACCUGCAGGGCGCUGUUGGCUUAUCAGAUGUAAUGAUCCCCGAAAGCCCUGAGGCCUAUGUAAAACUCACAGAAAAUGCAAUCAGAAAUACCUCUGGGGAUCACAGUGCCUUAGAGUCACAGCUCCAACAACUGGAUAGAGCCCUGGGUGACAGCCGCUUUCAGAUCCAGCAAACCGAAAAUAUCAUCCGCAGCAAAACUCCCACAGGGCCAGAGCUGGAAUCCAGCUACAGAGGCUAUAUGAAGCUGCUGGGCGAAUGCAGCGGCAGUAUAGACUCAGUGAAGAGACUGGAACACAAGCUGAGGGAGGAAGAAGCCAGCUUUCCUGGCUUCGUAAACCUGAACAGCACCGAAACCCAGACAGCUGGGGUGAUCGACCGAUGGGAGCUCAUCCAGGCCCAGGCCCUGAGCAAGGAGCUGAGGAUGAAGCAGAACCUCCAGAAGUGGCAGCAGUUCAACUUGGACCUGAACGACAUCUGGGCCUGGCUGGGGGAGGCGGAGGAGGAGCUGGAGCAGCUGCAGCGGCUGCAGCUCAGCACCGACAUCCAAACCAUCGAGCUCCAAAUCAAAAAGCUCAAGGAGCUUCAGAAAGCUGUGGACCACCGCAAAGCCAUCAUCCUCUCCAUCAAUCUCUGCAGUCCUGAGUUCACCCAGGCCGACAGCAAGGAGAGCCGGGACCUGCAGGACCGCUUGUCCCAGAUGAAUGGGCGCUGGGAUCGGGUGUGCUCUUUGCUGGAAGAGUGGCGGUGUCUGCUGCAGGAUGCGCUGAUGCAGUGUCAGGAUUUCCAUGAGAUGAGCCACGGUUUGCUUCUUAUGCUGGAAAACAUUGACAGAAGGAAAAAUGAAAUUGCCCCUAUUGAUUCUACUUUUGACGCAGACACACUUCAGGACCAUCACAAACAGCUCGUGCAAAUAAGGCAUGAGCUAUUGGAGUCCCAACUCAAGGUAGCCUCUCUGCAAGACAUGUCUUGCCAACUACUGGUGAAUGCCGAAGGCACAGACUGUUUAGAAGCCAAAGAAAAAGUCCACGUUAUUGGAAAUCGGCUCAAACUUCUCUUGAAGGAGGUCAGUCACCAUAUCAAGGAACUGGAGAAGUUAUUAGACAUAGCAAGCAGUCAGCAGGAUUUGUCUUCCUGGUCUUCUGCUGAUGAUCUGGACACCUCGGGAUCUGUGAGUCCCACAUCAGGAAGAAGCACCCCGAACAGACAGAGAACGCCACGAGGCAAAUGUAGUCUCUCACAGCCUGGACCCUCUGUCAGCAGUCCACAUAGCAGGUCCACAAAAGGUGGCUCCGAUUCCUCCCCUUCUGAGCCUCGGCCAGCUCGGUCCGGCCGAGCCUUCCUGUCCCGAGUCCUCCGAGCCGCUCUUCCCCUUCAGCUUCUCCUGCUGCUCCUCAUCGGGCUCGCCUGCCUGGUCCCACGAUCAGAGGAAGACUACAGUUGUGCCCUGUCCAACAAUUUUGCCCGGUCAUUCCACCCCAUGCUCAGAUACACAAAUGGCCCUCCUCCGCUCUGAACCAAGCAGAUGCCACCUGCAGAAGAGCUGGUCGUAUAAGGAGGAUCAGGCCAAAAGCAAUCCCAAACGAUCAAAAAGAGGACCUUAGUCUCAGCAAAAGACCUCGGAGUGGCAGCUUUAUCUUUCCUCCUUAUCAUGGCUUUGGAGGUGGAAGAUAAACGAUGGCAGGAGAGUGAAUAGAUGACAGAAGGUUUAGAAGAAAUCAUGUUUGAGACUCUGAGCCUUAGCACUAAAAAGAUCAAGUGAGAACCUCCAAAGUUCCCUGGACUGGUGAAUUCUGGACUUUCGGCCCAUUCUGUGCACAGGCAAGGACGUCAGCAGACUGUCUGGGCAGCUUUCCUGUGGUGCUGCUCCAUCCAACCAAUGAAUGACCCUCCCAAGCGCCAUGUCAGUAUCGUACAAUCUACCAACCAACCAGUGCUGGAGAGACUUUAGAACCUGUAACAUACAAUUUUUAAGAGCUUAUAUGGCAGCUCCCUUUUUAACCUUGUUUUCCUUUGGGGCAUGAUAUUCUAACCUUUGCUUUAGAAGCAUAAGCUGUAAAUCUAAAGGCACUUUUUUUAAAGGUAUAAAGAAAAACUAGAUGUAAUAAAUAAGAUCAUGGAAGGCUUUAUGUGAAAAAAGAAGAGUUGAAUGUUAUAGUAAAAAAGAUAUUUAUGUAUGUACAGUUUGCUAAA